CACAACUUCAUCAUCAUCAUCAUCUUCAUUCCAUUAAUUUGAUUUCAAACCUCAAUUUUACGAACAGGGUUUGUAAAAAAUGGCUGCAUUUAUGAUCGUAUGGUUUCAAUUUCAUCUGGGGUUUUAGGGUUUUGUGAUUUCAAGCUGCACGCCUCUGCAAAUUUCUUUUGCAGAAAAGGGAAAGGGAGAAUAAGAACAGAAGAAAGAGAAAAACAAAAAAAGGGGGAGAAUCAGAUGAUUUAUUAUUACGAUUAAGAGGGAACUGUUUCAAAAAUUCGAACUUCUUGAUUUGUAUAAAAGGACUGAGUUUCAAAGAGGCAAUCCGCUGAUCUAGAAUGGAGAAAGUAGAGGAUUUUGAAGAGAAUUCUGAUUUGGGUUUUGAAUCAUCAACAAUUUCUUCUCUAGAUCAAGCAGCACUUGAUGAUGAUGAUCAUGAUCAUGAUCAAUCACCAAUGGUGAAUUCAACACUUAGUUGCAAUUCUUUUGCUUACUAUAGAACUAACUCAGAGACUUCAGCUUUUUCUGAGCAAUUAACAGAUGAUGUCAAUAGCUGUUCAUCGGAAAACCAUUCUCCGGUAUGUUGGCCGGCCACCGGAAGAUCCCCAUACCGGCCGGCCCUUUCAAGAUUUGGACUAAUGAAGCAAAACAACAAGUUUGAAAUGGACGAUAAGCCCAAGAAUCAUGAACCUAUGGAUUUGGAGCUUGAAAUGAUGAAAGAAAGAUUUUCAAAGCUUUUGCUGGGAGAAGAUAUGUCUGGCAGUGGCAAAGGAGUUUCGACUGCAGUUACCGUGUCGAAUGCCAUCACAAACCUUUAUGCUUCUAUGUUCGGCCAACACCAAAAGUUAGAACCGUUGCAUCCCGAGAAGAAGAUGAUGUGGAAAAGGGAGAUGAAUUGCUUACUCUCCGUUUGUGACUACAUCGUAGAAUUCAUCCCCGCAUCACAAAAUUUACAAAACGGAAAAGCGAUGGAGGUGAUGUCGAGCCGACCAAGAUCGGAUAUAUAUAUCAACCUUCCGGCUUUAAAGAAGCUCGAUGCAUUGCUCUUAGAUAUAUUAGAAAGUUUUGAAGAGACCGAGUUUUGGUAUGUGGAACAAGGAAGCAUGUCGGCAAAUUCACGAUCGGGAUCGUUCCGGAGAAUUCCUCAACCUCAGAGGAAAGACGAGAAAUGGUGGUUGCCGGUUCCUUGCGUGCCUUCUGAAGGUCUCUCGGAAAAAGCCCGAAAAAAUUUGAGACAAAAACGCGAUUCCGCAAAUCAAAUCCACAAAGCGGCAAUGGCUAUCAAUAGUAGCAUUCUUGCCGAGAUGGAAAUCCCGCAUACAUAUAUCGUUUCGCUUCCUAAGUGCGGAAGAACGAGCAUAGGGGAUAGGAUAUACCGAUACAUGACUUCCGGGGGCAAAUUUUCACCCGACUACCUCCUCGACUGUCUUAACAUAAGCUCGGAACAUGAAGCACUUGAGUUAGCCGAUCGAGUCGAGGCCUCGAUGUAUACAUGGAGGCGUAAAGCAUGUGCGAGCCAUUCGAAAACGUCAUGGGAGAUGGUUAAACAACACGUGGCCGAGACAGAACGGAGCGACAAGAACGUGGUGCUAGCUGAACGAGCCGAUAGUUUGUUGUUCAGCUUAAAACAACGGUACCCUGAACUCUCGCAAACGACACUCGAUACAAGCAAGAUCCAAUACAACAAGGAUGUGGGACAAGCAAUACUAGAGAGCUACUCAAGGGUGUUGGAAGGUUUGGCAUUCAAUAUUGUUGCUUGGAUUGAAGAUGUUUUGUUUGAAGAUAAAUCCAUUAGAAACCAAGAAGGGUAGAAUGGUCAUUUUGUUCGGAAUCGUGUUAGCGGUGAGAAGGUGGGAAUCCAACUGUUUUAUAGGAUAUUGUGAUUUUCCGUACCCAUGAUGACAGUGGGGGCGCUUCAGAAGCUGACGUAUAUCUUUUUCUUCCCUUUUUUUUAUGGGAUAUUGUCUUUUUUACGCCGUUU